UGAUGGGAAAUCCAGUGCUUUCAUUUCAUUUCAUACCGUGAGUUCAGGGAUAAACACGAAGUAGGAAAUUCCCACUUCUACUCACCUGCCAGGCUAUGAAAACAACCCCAUUGGCCGAAGCAUCUGCAAAAUAAACUGGAGUCGGAAAGCUUAUAGUUUACAGUUGAAGUCCUUGCAAGAUUGCCAGCUGCUGGAAGUGACUUUACUAGGGAACGAAGCAGUCAGGGAUCGAAAACUUAUUUUGAAUGCUCCUCAGCUUUCAGAAUAAUACCAAAACAUUGGAUUUCUAUAGCAUCUUUCACCUCAGGAUCUCAGACAUCUGAGACACACGCCUGAUGGGCUCCCUCCAGAAAACAGCUGUAUGCCUCCUGUUCCUGUCAGUUUUCUCAAGUGCCUCCUACGGCCAACUUGCAACCUUCAAAUGCAGUGAUGUCAAGACAGAAUAUAACAAAAUGGCAACGAUUUCAUGCAUUAGUAACAAGAAUAUUACAAAUGUGGUUGUUAAGCGCUGUAAAAAUUGUAAUAAACAGAACUUGUGCUUAGAAACUGUUAUUAACACUUGGAAAAAAAAGAAUUCUAGUGAAGAAGGAAGAAUUAGGUUGGUGCUACAACACAACAUUUCUGAAGUGCACAUACAGGAAGUAAAAGCAACUGAUCAAGGAGGUUAUGAAUGGUAUCUUUAUUCUGAUGCUGGGGAACACCAUGGAUGUACAACCCUUGAGAUUACAGCUCCAGAAACUGAGCCUAAUCUCACUAGGAACGGAACAAAGUUCACCUGUCUGUCACCUAUAGGGCAUCAACAAAGGGAGAUCCAUUGGUUCGAUGGCCAAGGGACUAACCUGACGGGCAGUGCAAGCCUAGUAUCUGAGGAAGCAGAAGGUGGCUUAACCAGCCUUACCAGCACUCUCCAUGUGAAACCGAGCUUAGCUGCCUCAGAGUAUUGCUGUACUGUGAUGUAUGAUGUGCACACCAAGAGAAACAAAACCAAGUGCCUUAGUGCCCACAAAGCAGUCGCUGAUUACGUUCAUUUUACUUCAACCACAGAUCCAGGAAUUCCGAAGACCACGAAAGAGCAUGUUGCCACCAUUCUAGUGCUCCUCUUUCUGGUUCUCUGCUCUUUUGCAGCUGUUCUAUACUACAAGUACCGCCAGCGAGCAAUGGCCAGAGGGAAUUUUGCAGACCUAUUAAGGACACUCCUUCAAUUUGGAGAUAAUCAUGAAAGAGCAGAAGAAAAUGUACCUAACCAAGAAGUCUGACGUGUGAAACAAGAUGGCUGCUGAUAGGAAACAAUGAUGAUCCAGCCUGCAUCAAUGCAACUGAAUUUAAGCAAAGCAGUAGUUAUAGAAACUAAGACAUUCAGUACAUACACACUCAGCAAUCAAACAAUGUGAAGAAAGUAGUGUGUUUGGGAGAUGCUGGUUUGUCUUCCUCAGAAAUGUUCCCUAUUUGUUGCUAUUAGAGAUAAACACUAUCCGUGAUGGGC